GCUGAAUUCCUUCCAGUAUGCAAAUGGUAAUAUAAGCAAUUGGCUACGAAUUGUGAUGAGUAAUGAUUCUAGCAGACGGUUAUAUGAGGAUACCGGGAGUGAAACGAAGCAAACUAUCGCAUAUUUUUAAUACAGUAGAUAUUUGAACUUAUUUCACGUUGUAUGUUAGUUGUUUGAGGUUGUGAGGUUUUAGAAACUUGUCAGUUUUGUUUCACAAACAUGAGACCAAAUUUUUGCCUAGGCUGUGAUUUGCAGAUUUGUUUAGUUGCGUGUUAAAGUACUAUGUCUUCUCGUGAAACUGUGUAUAAUGCUUAGAAGAAAUGUGUUUUGAAGAACUUGCAUUCCAUUAUAGUACAAAUUCAACUUAAAACCUAACCUCAUAAGUACGAGUGAUGCUCUUCUCCAGACGAAGGGUAUUUAAUCAUCACGAAUUUUUACCAAUGAAUAAUGUCGCAACAUGGCUACCAACGAACACUUAAUUAUUCUCUUCCACAAGAGGGAACCAUGGACUUAUUCAUCGAGACACUUACUGGAACAGCGUUUGAGAUGACAGUAUCUCCUUUUGAUACUGUCAUGUCAAUCAAAUCAAAGAUUCAGAGAGUAGAAGGUAUCCCCGUGUCACACCAACAUCUACUGUACAACCUUAAAGAAUUAGAUGAUUCAGCAUGUCUCAUAGAUUAUGCCAUUCAAGAUGGUGCCACACUCAAGUUGGUAUUAUCAAUGAGAGGUGGACCUAUUAGCACCCGGCGUCUCCCUCCAGGGGAAGAGCUUGCUUGGAAAGAAUUACGAGAAUUUGUUGAAAGUAACAGGGAGGAUGUGUUUGAACAUCUGCCUCCUGGAUGUCAUGUAACAGUACUUGUGUUCCGUGAAGGUGAUCAAGUCAACUUGUUCAGAGUUAUUGAAAACGAAGAUGGGACAUAUUCUCCACUCUCUGAAUCUUGGAGUGGCUCUUCCAUUCGGAAUCUAUUUGCUGAGGAGGAGCCAGAAGAAAGUGCAAGAAGACUCCAAGAAAACUCUGUUACAAUGGGAAAAAUGCAAGAGCUUCGAACAAGGAUGGAAAAAUUAUCUUUGCAAAAGAAGCCAAAGAAACCAACUCCACGUGUUCUUUCAGCUAAACGCCCACUGCUUCAUAAUCGUAGGGGAACGCCUCGACCCCACCAAAAUCAUAAAUCAGGGUCCCCAGAGCACAGUGACAUUCCACAGACAAAGAAACAAAGUAAUAUCCUACAGCUUCCUCCCAUAAAUAAAUCAGAAAUAAACUUAACGUCUGCCACCCCACACAGACAACGCUCAAGUGGUAGAACGUACUUGGCAACAAGUUCCCUCCUCCAACCACAGAAUCAGCUGCAUGUUAGAAGAACCAGAGACCUGGAAACUAAACUCUCAGAUGAUGGAAGUGAAUGCGACAGUAAUUUAACGGGAACUGUAAAUGAACCUGGUAGAAGAGGAUCACAACAGCACAAAUUACCACCAGUUGUUUCAACUUUUAUUCCCCUUUCGGGCAGUUUGGAAACCAGCAACGGUACAGGAAAUAAUAGGCAUCUCCUAGACAUGAAAUGGAGCCAAAACACUAAUUAUGGACAGGGAAGAGGUACAGGAAGUAGAAGUUGCAGGGAAAAAACAAAAAAUUCUAAGGAAGACUUAAGUCUGAGUGGAAGUCAGGCAGUUUCAGUCAUACCAACACCGAACAUCGCCAUAGUGGGAAAGGAAGAGCCAGAUUUUACUUCACCUCCGAAUCAUAUCUUAGUUCCAUCCAAAGAAGCUACCACAUUUACAGUUUCACAGAUCCAUCAGAAACGAGUAAGAACACCCAUUAGCAAUAGCCAAAACCGAUACAGAGUGUCGCGAUUCAUUAUAGAUGACGAUGAUCGGCCCAAAACUUCCCCAGAUGAGUUGACUCAACGACAGGAAGCUGCAAAGGAAUUGUGUAAUAUUCUCAGUGAAACCAAAUGGCAUAGACAGGAACAACAGCGGAGAGUUCACUGUAGCAAUUCACAAUUAGAAGUGCUAGGUGAUUUACCUCUAGCACAAAAAAGGAAUGAAAGUAAUUCACAAGACUUUGUGCAACAAGAGGUAAGGUCUACAAUUGACUUGACAGUUCCUCAGAAGUCAUCAGUGAUCAAUGUGACGACACAGUCUCCAAGAUAUGGCCGCAGAAGUGGUAUGUUGCUGUCAACCAAAUGUCAUGAUAAGAAUGAUAAAGUAGAACAUGAUGCAGCUACCAUACACCAGACAGAACUAAAUCUAAAUUCAGAUUCAGUGAGACAAUCAAAACGAUUGUCAUCUUCUGGUCAUGGUAAUUUGCUGUAUCCUGCGCACAAGAGGAUGGAAUUGGCACCACAAUCCUUGCCUCUUGUUCCCACUAAGAAGCAAAGCACAGUGAGAAGUCGGUGUGCGGAGUGUAGAAAGAGACUGAAUAUUACAAAUGUAUAUACCUGUCGCUGCGACAAACUUUUCUGCGCUGCUCAUCGUUACUCAGAACUACAUAACUGCACAUUUGACUAUAAAAGUGAUGGUCGCAAAAUACUAGAACAAACUAACCCACUAGUUACAGCACCAAAGUUGCCAAAAAUUUAAAAAAAUAUUAUAAAAUUACACCAGAAUUGUAUGUCAGCAAAAAUUGCUCUAAGUAUUUUUAGUUUAAAUUGCUGCAGAUAAAACAUACAUCUUCCUGUUUAUAUAUUUCAAUGCAAAGUGAUAAGUAUUUCAUACUAAUAUUUCUUUCAGUAAUUGUUUCAUUCAUUUAGGAAAGGUGUUGUGUUUAUAAGAAUAAUCUCUGAGACUUCAGUUCAUUUUAAUUACAUGGUUUAUAAGCAAGAAAAUUUGGCUUAUUCUAAUGUAAUUUACAAACACAACGAAGGAAUGUGUAUAAUAUUUUCAAAAUGCUACUGUAAGGGUCAAGCUUCCUUAAUAACUUGAAUAAAUACAUAGUUAUAAAAUGUGAUAAUAUUUGUGCCUGUUUUUUUUGUUUGUUUUUUUUCAUAACUGUAAUGGAUCUAGGUUAUAAGUUACCAAAAUAGCUUUGCCAAGAAUAUUUCCAUUGAACAGUUCAAUUUGAAAGUACUUAUUUCACAUGAAAUUAUCUAGUAACGAUGUUUACUCCGAUCUCUGAUUUUGUAUGCACACUUUAAAAGUAGAAAGAGUUUUACAGUUACUGUCUUUAAUAAUUCAGACAAUAGUUUGUUUAUAUGUAAUAACCAUAGCACUGUUUAUGAAAUGGAAAACUUUGUGAUGAGAUUUCAGUUCCCAUGAAGAUGACUGAUAUUAUGCCAUGCAGUCUGGUAGAAACUGUAUUUCAGAUGUGGUCAAGAUAGAGGCAGUAAGCACCUCUACAACAUCAGACAGUUUUUACCAGGUUACAUGGUACAGUAUCCAGCAUAUUUUAUGAUGUUCCAAUUUCAAGCUUGUAAUAAUUUAAUCCACAAUCAAUUCCAUCUGUCACUAUAACCAAAGUAAAUGCUUACCUCAAGAAAUAACUUGGUUACACAAUAUUAAAUGCCAACCAAUAAAAAUGCUUUUUCUUUAUGCUGCCGA